AAAAUAACAAGAUUAACUAUGUAUGAGUGGAUCCUUAAAAGACAGUAAUUUACUAUCGAUUAAACUUUGUAUCUGUUUUCUGUGAAGAGAAACUAACUGUUUCGAUUUUAUUUCUUUUAUCGCAGUUGAGAAGGAAUUCACGGAUGGUAGAGUUUUGUAUCAGUUGAAAAAUGUGAUAGGAUAUGGAUCAUAAGUAUUGAAUAUUGGAUGUACAGAUAAGCUAAUUGGUGUAUAAUAUUCAUCAUUACCUUUAAAAUAUUCAUUGAAGUUGUGUUUUGAAUUGUUUUAUUCAUUAGUGUAUUGAUUUCAAUUAAGAAAAUAAGUAAUGAAAUGGAUUAAAAGUUUUUAAAGUUUUCAGAGUGGUGGAAUUUAUGUUCUUGAGUUUUAAAGGCAGGAAUUGAAAAGUGACAAUGCCACGCCAUGGGACAGGGCUCGGCGCUGGGAAUUUCCCUGCUGCUAAUAAAUUGUUAAUGCGAUAUGAAAAUGACCGAGCUUACAAGCUACAUUUGCAAAAAGUGAACAAUGUGAAACAUAGACUGGAUGUUUCGGAACCAAAGAAACAGAAUCACCUGAUUCUACGACUGAAACAGAUACAGAAAGAGGAGGAGAGACAAGCCGAGAUUGACCAUGAGAACAAAAUUCUGCUCAAUAAAAUGACACAUGUACUAAAAUAUGGUGGUAAUAUUGACAACUGGAAUAAUUAUGAGUCAAGAAGUCUCAAUUACCCAUUUCGAGAAAAACAGAAUGAAGAAAUUGCUAGAGAAAACAUGGGUAUAGCCAGACGUUUAGAGACAGUGAAACCAAAGCUUGCAAUUAACAAAUGGGAAAGAGAUUAUCAGCAACAUCAGUAUUUGAAACGCUUGUGGAGUGAUAGUGUCAAAGAUUUUGGAGAGUUUACACCACGUCGAUAUAGGAGCCGCAUGUCUCGGACGGUACAGAGAAGUAUGGAGAACAGUCUAGAUGAUACAUAUGAUGAAGAUUUUCAAAGUGUUGAUACAGCAGAGGAAAAGAAACUGCCAAAAGUGAAAAAAGAUGGAAAGAGGAACCAAUUCAGGACAGCAAAAAGUGAGUCAAGUGUUCCAGUAACCCAGAAGAAAGAUGACAGUAAAACAAAGACUUCAACAAAACUGCCCAAAAUUAUACCCCAUAAAGCUGAAAAGACAAAGAAGGCUGAUGGAGUCUCAGGACAAGCUAAGGAAGGUGGAGAUGACAAUUCUGAUGUUGCACAGUUGUUCAAAAUUGCUAAACAACUUGGGAGACCUGAGGACAUAUUCAUCAAAACAUUGAUAAAGAAAUCUCACAAACAGAGAAUGGUUACCAAGGCAAAAUUUAGACAGAAAUAUGAUCUGGAUUUAAUUUCAGAACUAAAAAAUGGUUUAGGUCAGCCGUGGGAGUAUCUUAUAGAUGCAUUAUUACAGGAAAGAGGCGUGGCCGACUCUUAUGCUGUAUUUGAUGCAUUAAGUGGUAGAAGUCAUAAAAAGACAGCAGAUAUGUGUGAUGUUGUAGAAUUACUGUGCUCAAGGGACAAUGCAACUAUAGCAGAGCUCAAGGAAUCUUACAGAAAAGAAUUUUCGAUCAGUUUAGAAGAGGAUAUGUCAGACCGAUCCAAACCUCCAUUACAGACAGUUCUAUUGACUCUACAAAAAGGUGCUCGUGAUGAGUCGCCAGAUGUGGAUUCAGACCAAGUUAAGAAAGAUGCUCAAGCCAUAUAUGAGUAUGGUGAGGGAUGCUGGGACAGUGAUAAUGGUGUGUUUAUGAAAUUGCUCAAUGAGAGAAGUUACGCUCAUCUUCAAGCCGUCUUCUCAGAAUAUAAGACUGUUGCCGGGGGACAGGAUAUACUGCAAGCAAUGAAGAAAGAAUGUGCUAAAGAUUAUUAUAAAAUACUGAGCACUUUAGUUCAUUGUAUAGGUUCGCCAGCCUCCUACUAUGCAGAUCAAUUACAUCGACAUAAACUACCCACUGAUCCUGUUUUUGUAGGAACCCUAGCAUUAAGAUCUGAGAUUGACAUGCCCGAAGUAAGGAAAGUAUACAAGAAGAUGUAUAGUGUAGAUAUUACUGAAGAUAUUAAAGAAAAAUCUCAUCCUACCCAGAAAUGUCUCAUUGAACUAGCUUGCAAGGUCCCACCUGGAUCAAAAAAGAAAGCAGACGCCAAGAAAACGUAUGUAAAAGAUGGUACAGCAAACCAGCAGUCACACCCACAACCUGCCCAUGCUAAGAAGCCUCCAGCUGGCAAGAAGUCAGAACCCAAGGCCAAAGGUCAAGGUCAAAGUGAAUCAGGGGAUACAGCUGUAACAGGAAGUACAAAAACUGACACUGAAGCUAAAAAUAGCAAAAAAUCAGAACAAAAACCAGAUCAGCAAUCAAAAUCAAAAGACAAUCAAGAAAACAGUACCAAACAGAAAAGAAGUCCCACAGGGGCUAGAGAUGGCAACCACAGGGGUACUGUAAAGCCGGCAAGUAAUUUUAGGCCAGAAGACGACUGUGAUAAAUUGAAUAGUGCAAUGAGUGGAGAACGAGCGGACGAAUCUGUGGUAGUUUCUAUCAUCCCUAAGAGAAGUAAUAAACAACGACAGCAGCUCAAGUCUACGUAUGAACAGAAAUAUAAAAAGAACCUGACUAUAGAUCUAACCUCAGAGAUGACAGGCGACUGGGAGGAGAUCGUGCUGGCUCUGAUGAUGACUCCAGCAGAGUAUGAUGCUCAUGUGGUCAGAGAGGCUGUGGAGGGACUCGGUACUUCAGAACCAACCCUCAUAGCUAUACUCUGUACACGAUCAGCUCAGGAAUUGAAAGCUAUCAAAGAACAUUACAGAAAAGGUGGUGGUGGAGACUUUGAUAUGGAUGUAACACGUGAUUGUGGGGCAGAUCUGAAGAAUUUACUGUUACAUCUUGCACGUGGGGAGAGAGCAGCGGGUACUGCUGUCAAUAUACAACAGGCACAGAAAGAUGCUAAAGAUCUUCAUCAGAAUGGUGUUCUCAGUGAUACAUUUGUAGCAGUUGUCACCAAACAAAAUCACUUCCAGGUUAAAGCUACUUUUGAUGAGUUUAAAAAGGUUGCUGGAGAAGAUAUCUAUGCUGCUAUCACUAAGUCUUCUCUUGGAGAUGAUGAAGAUGUUUAUAUCAGUAUCGCAAAGGCAGUAGAAGAUCCUGUAGAGUUCUAUGCUGAGAAGUUGCAUGGAUGCUUCACUAGUAUGGGAACAAACGACAAUCUGCUUAUCAGGCUGGUUGUACCAAGAUCUGAGGUUGACCUUGAAGAUAUCAAACUCAGAUAUUACGAGCUAUACAGUCGGACUCUGUACGAUGCUGUUAAUGCCCAGUGCCAGGGAGACUAUAAAGCCAUGCUUCUUGCUGUGAUUAAUAAUGAUGUAAAUGGUGGUAAAGGUCAACAGAAGAAACAAAACAAGCCGACGGCGGCAGCUACUACCAGUAGUAGAAAGGAUAGCAGCCAGAAGUCCACGUCAGGAGCCACAGUGAAACCUGCCAAGCCGUUCAAUCCUAUAGAAGAUAGCGAACGUUUGAAUGAAGCAAUGUCGGGUUUUGGAACGGACGAAGCUGUAGUUAUUGACAUUCUACCAUAUAGAUCAAAUGAUCAAAGGCAGGAGAUAAAGGCUAAAUAUCAAGAUAAAUAUAAUAAGGAUCUUCAGAAACAGCUUGAGUCCGAAUUGCGAGGAGAUUUUGAGGAGAUUGUUUUGGCAAUGAUGAUGAAGCCUGUAGAUUAUGCCUGCCACAGUCUUCAUCAUGCUGUGAAAGGUUUAGGCACGAAAGAGGGCAUUCUCAUUGGUGUGCUCUGUACUAAAACGGGCAAGGAAUUGGCAGUAAUCAAAAACAGAUAUAAGGAAAUCUAUGGAACAGACCUUCAAUCGGCUAUCACGCAAGAUGUGUCUGGUGGCAUGGAAGAAAUGUUCGUACAAAUACUGAAAUGUGAACGGGACCAGGGUGAAACUGUUAACACACAAGAGGCAAAAGAAGAUGCAAGACGUCUAUAUAAGGAAGGUCAGAUUUCCAUUGAUCCAACAGACGAAGUUUUUAAGUCCAUAAUAGCAAAAAAAAGUAGGGCCCAAGUAAGGGCCACUUUCCAGGAAUAUAAAAAGCUCACGGGUAAUGAUAUAUACGUUGGUAUACAGAAAGCCCUAAUGGGGGAUGAGGAAGACGCUUAUCUAGGCCUAGCUCGUGCUGUAGAAGACCCGGUCUGGUUCUAUGCUGAGGCCAUUCAUGGUUGUUUUGAUGGGUUUGGAACAAAUGAUACUAGACUGAUCAGAAUAAUUGUAUCCAGAUCUGAGAUUGACUUGGUGGAUAUAAAAGCGAAGUACAAAAGCAUGUAUAAAAAGACAAUAUCUGAGAGAGUAGAACAGGAAUGCAAUGGAGACAGCAAGAAAAUGCUCCUGGCUAUCCUUGGAGACCUCUCUGGCAAUGAUGGUAAGAGUCAACAAAAGAAAGCAACUAAGCCAGCUGCGAGUAAAAAUGAAAAUGUGCAGAAAGCCACGUCUGGACCAACUGUGAAACCUGCCAAUCCUUUCAGUCCUGUAAAGGACAGUGAACGCCUAAAUGGAGCCAUGUCAGGUUUUGGAACAGAUGAAGCCGUAGUUGUUGACAUCCUGCCGUAUAGAUCAAAUGAUCAAAGACAGGAGGUCAAGGCUAAAUAUCAAGAUAAAUAUAAUAAGAAUCUUCAAGAACAACUGGAGUCAGAAUUGCGUGGAGAUUUUGAGGAGAUCGUUCUUGCAAUGAUGAUGAAGCCUGUAGAUUAUGCCUGCCAUAGUUUACACGAGGCAGUGAAGGGUCUUGGUACAAAAGAGGGUAUCCUGAUAGGUGUACUUUGUACAAAAACUGGCAAGGAACUCGCAAUGAUAAAAAAUCGGUAUAAGGAAAUUUAUGGAAAAGACCUUCAAUUGGCUAUCACCCAAGAUGUGUCUGGUGGUAUGGAAGACAUGUUUGUAGAAAUACUAAAAUGUGAACGGGAUCAGGGAGAGAGUGUGAAUAUACAAGAGGCUAAGGAAGAUGCAAAACGUCUGUAUAAGGAAGGCCAGAUUUCGAUUGACCCAACAGACGAAGUCUUUAAGUCUGCAAUAGCAAGAAAAAGUAGGGUUCAAGUAAGGGCCAUUUUCCAAGAGUACAAAAAGCUGACAGGCAAUGAUAUAUACGCUGGUAUACAGAAAGCCCUAAUGGGGGAUGAGGAAGACGCUUACCUAGGCCUAGCUCGUGCUGUAGAAGACCCGGUUUGGUUCUAUGCUGAAGUCAUUCACGGUUGUUUUGAUGGCAUUGGAACCAAUGAUACCCGACUAAUCAGAGUCAUUGUAUCCAGAUCUGAGAUUGACUUAGCGGAUAUAAAGACAAAGUAUAAAAGCCUGUAUAAAAAGACAAUAUCUGAGAGAAUAGAACAGGAAUGUAAGGGAGACUACAAGAAAAUGCUUUUGGCUAUCCUCGGAGACCUGUAAGCUGCAGAUGCAUUGAUAAUUAUCUCACUGGCACUGACAGGAAAUGCAUCAGAUCAAAGACUCUACAAGCAUUUCAACAAUCAUUUGCAUGCAAUUUUGGUUUCAGUACACACUAUUUAAUUUUGGAAAAUAUAUAUGUAUACACCGUUAUAUUCUGUUUCUGAAAAGUUUACACUAGAUCGUUAAACUGUAUACCUAUAAUUGUGUUUUAAGUCACUGCAUGCUAUGCAAUUGUCUAACGCCUUUCUGGUUUUGUUUUGAUAAACACUUGUUUGGUGUAUUGAAGAAUGUAUAACUUUAACCAACAUAUCUUAGAAUUAAAAAGUAUGAACGACGGGAUGGGGAUUAGUAAUUCAUCUGUCUUAUAUAAUCAAACAAAUGAUCAUAAGCGGUAAGACUGAACUGUUUAUCUUACUAACAUUGAAUAGCUUUCAAUGUAGCAAUUCUUACUCAAUGUAAUUAUUGUGGAAGAUUUAAAUGGCUGUAUACGAUGAAACAUUAAGUUAAAGGUGUGACAAAUAGAUGUUACAUAACUGACAACCGUAAUUUGAAAAAUAAAUGCAUGUCUUUAUUUAGAAUGUGACAGUGUUUUAAGCGACAAUCCGGUGACAUUUUUUCUGUAGAAAUAUAAUGUAAUUUCAGCAUGAUAUGUAGAUAGUACCAAAUUGAUUCAUGACAGAUAUUCGAAGAUGAUGAAAUUACAAUUAAGAGUGUUUCUGUAUAAAUAUGUUUAAGCUCAAUAGAUAAUUGUUAAUCUGCCAGUAUACUUCUCGAGUGCAAAUUUUGGUUCAAUAUUUUAUGUAGUUUAUUGUUCGAGUUUGUUUAUAUUACAGCUAAAAUUUUACGAUGCUGCUUUUUAUUGUAUAAAUAAUUUAUCUCAGUAUUUUUACCUUUUACUUAUAGGAUGUUAAAAGUAUUUUUGUAUAAAUCUAAUAUAUUAUGUGACUUUCUGAUUGGACUGCUUCUGUUGAUUUUGAAAUUUCUUCAUUACGUCAAGAUGUUGUGAUAAAUGAUUCCUUUAGCCUGAUGUGUUAAAUAAGCCAAGCCAUGAGAAAACCAACAUAGUGCGUUUGCGACCAGCAUGCGCCUUUAAUUGCAGUAGGGUUUGAAAGCAAACAGAAUAGGUCCUGACCAGAUUGCGCGGAUGCGCAGGCUGGUCUGGAUCCCUGCUGUUCGCAAACGCACUAUGUUGGUUUUCUCAUGGUGCGGAACAGGUUUUCCUGAGACUGAGACAUGUGGCAGUGAUAAUGGAAAAGUGCUAGGUAGUUUAAGGAAUGUUGCAUGUGUUUCUUUAUUUUGGUUUAUUUCUUUUGCAUGUCAUACAAAUCUUUGAUCUGUGAAAUGUUAUGAUUGAAGUUGAAUUUAUUUUAAAACUUUAUUCUUAUGUGAUAAAGAUAUUAUGCUUAAGAUCUAAUAAAGUUAUUGUUACACCAGA